AUGGGAAGGAAAGGAAGUCGCUCAACCCCAGGCCCAACUGUAGUACGAUCAAGAGAAAUACCAAUGUGGUGGCUUAGUGCUCCCAAAAUUAGCCAAGCAAUUAAAUCCAAAAAUAUCGCAAAUUUAACAUUCUUUACAACAAAAGCUCCUUUAGAAUUAACAAAAUCGUUAAUUGACAAUGUCGAUAACAAGUGGACUGUUGAUGACGUUAAAGCCGCCGUAAACACCGCUGAUGCCAACUACUUCGUUAUUAACGCAUCCUUGAACCAACCAACGAAUGAAGAAGAGUGGCAAAAUGCAGGAUUUAAGUGUGGCCGUAUCGAAGUCAACAAGGAAUACGAACCAGCGGCAAUUGACGCUUUCGAAAAAUUAGUUGAUGGUUUUGUUGCUGAAUCAGAUGGCAAACCAGUAGUUAUUGUUGUCUUCAGCACACUUGGCAUCAAUCGCCCUGGUUUCUUAAUAUCAGCGUUUUUAUCUCGUAAAGAUCUAAAUCCAAUUGAUGAUAAUUUGAAAGAAUUGAGUAAGUUAAUGGAAUGCCCUGUGUAUGCGAAAAAGGCAACAGUCUCUCUGUGCGCUACUUUCAAUACUACGAUUGAGCCAACUGAAUGUCCUUUCAUUUCUGAAGAACCGAAGCCAACAGCACCAGCUGAAGCUUCCUCUACAAUUGAAAGGCUCGUUAACUGGAGACGCUUCACAAGAAAGGAAAUCGAAGGUUCUGAAAGAGAUAAAGUCUUAGCGAAACUGAAGGAAGCUUUACCAGAGAAGUGGCCAUUCACAGAUGGUUUCCCAGACUGGCCAACAAGAAAUUGGGAUGAUUCUUUGGUCCCACAAAUUAAGUCCUCAAACAACUUCGUUUCCUUCGUUCCUCGUGGUAAACAAGCAUUCCUAGUCAUCCUCAGCCACAAAUCAAUCUACACAGUUUCUCUGGAAAGAAAAGUUUAUUUACUUUUGGCAUCUUUCAAGGAAUCACAUCGCUCGAUCACACCAAUUGUCUGCGCAGUUACAUGGACUGAGGAAAAGCUCAGAGUUUCCGCAAUCCUUUCUGAUAUUAUGAUGUUCGAGAAUAAAACAGUCUACGACUUACCAAUACAAGAGAGAACAGACAUAUUAUACGACGAGGUCAUCAAAAGACUUAUCUCAGAGAUCGCAAAAUCAGACGCAGUCACUCUUCAGUUCAUUUACCGACCAUUAGCAAGAUUACAAGACACACAGAAGCUCAUCGACGAUCUAGAUAAAUUCGCUUGCAACCCAGAGGCUAUCGCUGUUAUUCCUGCUGAUCAAGCACCUGGAAAUGAUAUUAUCAUCCCAUUCUCACCAACAAUUUCGCUUUUCUUCGAAUACAACGGUGGCCAGAAGGCUGUCUUGUUUGCUUACAAGGAUGGAAAAGCUGAUCCUGUCUGCAUUUACAAUCUCGAGGACAAGAAAGAGAUUAACUACGAUAACUGUCUAAUUCGUGUCUCCAGAAAGGACGAAAAGUGGUCGAUCCUCACUUUCUUCGCUAAUACAAAGUCAACUGACAGCGCUGCAACACUGGAACAAGUUAAGGCUUACAUCGAAACUGUAAAUACACUACCUGACCUCGAAAAGGUUGCUCAGCAGCUCAUUGGUGCAUAA